AUGGCAUUCGCUGGAAAAGAUCCACUAAGAGCUCCAAUAUCUCUUGCUCUAGACAAUAGAGUGCGCUAUAUCGGACCAUACAAGAUCAUCGGAAAAGUAGGUUUCGUAGCUUACCGAUUGGAACUACCUUCAGAAAUGAAUUUGCAUCCUGUAUUCCAUGUUUCCAUGCUGAGGAAACAUGUGGCGAAUCCAAACAUCGAACCAGAACGAGUAGAAUACCUUCGGCAAGACCUCACUUACCCGGAAGGACCUAUUGAUGAUAGGAUUUGUGUGUGGAUGUGA